AGCGGAAGCCUGAAGCGGGUAUAUAAGAAGAACGUUGCCGCCUGGGCACGUUGCAUUGCGUGGAUGUACCUGAAAAAUGCUGAUGGUAAAUAUCCUGUGGAUCGGUCUUUGGAUCGUUCCUCAGGCACUUGCCGCGGACUCAUGUGCAGGACAAUCGUUUGGAUACAGAUCGGCGGACCCAGCAGACCCCCACUCGUACUUCCUCUGUCUGGGCUUCCUGGGCCAGAUAAGGAGCACCUGCCAAGACGGAUUCCGGUUCAGUGUCCAAGACCAAAGCUGCGUGCAAGGAGGCCAGCCAAGUCCUGGCCACUCCUUAGCAGACAAGGACCCCACCAUCCACCAAAACGUAUUCAUUGACAGGCCGAUGAUUUUCAAUUUUUUCGGUAACCUGUGGGGCAGCCCCCAAAGGCCGAAUCCCUCCCUUCCCCUGACGCAACCCCUCCAGACCACCACCGAUCAGCACCAAGACUCGAUACCCAGCGCAAGUUUCUCACUCUUAAGGGAAGUCAUUUCUUCCCCCCAGGAGAACAAGCCAGACUCCAAUGAUGCGUUAUCUACUCCAACGAAUGAGGCAUCGAGGUGUCGCUUUUUACCAAACGGUUCCUUCAUAAGGGACUCCAAAAAGUGCGGAGUAUUUUACGUGUGUGCCAAUGGGAUCGGUAUUACUCGCUGCUGUCCAGAAGGUCUCCAUUUCGACAUCGAGAAGAGUUUUUGCAAUAUCCCAAGUAUGGUCGACUGCUCUCCCGAAGAAUUGACCACGACACCGUCACCACCUAAAACUUCGACAAAGACAAUUAGGCCCAGCCCUGCAGAACCAUCAUCCACGGAACCAUCAACAACCGAACCAUCUCCGGAGAGCUCAACAGAGCAAAGUAGCUCCAGCUCCGAGGAACCCUCGUCGACGGAACCUUCUCCGGAGAGCUCAACAGAGCCGAAUAGCUCCAGCACAGAGGAACCAUCUUCCACGGAACCUUCUCCGGAGAGCUCAACAGCGCCAAAUAGCUCCAGCUCAGAGGAACCAUCUUCCACGGAACCUUCUCCGGAAAGCUCAACAGAGCCAAAUAGCUCCAGCUCCGAAGAACCAUCGUCCACGGAACCAUCGUCCACGGAGCCUUCUCUGGAGAGCUCAACAGAGCCGAAUAGCUCCAGCUCAGAGGAACCAUCGUCCACGGAACCUUCUCCGGAGAGCUCAACCGAGCCGAAUAGCUCCAGCUCCGAGGAACCAUCGUUCACGGAACCUUCUCCGGAGAGCUCAACAGAGCCAAGUAAUUCCAGCUCUGAAGAACCAUCGUCCGCGGAACCCUCGUCCACAGAACCUUCUCCGGAAAGCUCAACAGAGCCAAAUAGCUCCAGCUCAGAGGAGCCAUCUUCGACGGAACCUUCUCCGGAGAGCUCAACAGAGCCGAAUAGCUCCAGCACAGAAGAACUAUCGUCCACGGAACCUUCCCCGGAGAGCUCAACCGAGCCGAAUAACUCCAGCUCCGAGGAACCCUCGUCCACGGAACCUUCUCCGGAGAGCUCAACAGAGCCAAGUAGCUCCAGCUCCGAGGAACCCUCGUCCACGGAACCUUCUCCGGAGAGCUCAACAGAGCCAAGUAGCUCCAGCUCCGAGGAACCCUCGUCCACGGAACCUUCUCCGGUGAGCUCAACAGAGCCGAAUAGCUCCAGCACAGAGGAACCAUCUUCCACGGAACCUUCUCCGGAGAGCUCAACAGAGCCGAAUAGCUCCAGCUCCGAGGAACCAUCGUCCACGGAACCUUCUCCGGUGAGCUCAACAGAGCCGAAUAGCUCCAGCACAGAGGAACCAUCGUCCACAGAACCAUCGUCCACGGAACCUUCUCCGGAGAGCUCAACAGAGCCAAGUAGCUCCAGCUCCGAGGAACCCUCGUCCACGGAACCUUCUCCGGAGAGCUCAACAGAGCCGAAUAACUCCAGCUCAGAGGAACCAUCUUCCACGGAACCUUCUCCGGAGAGCUCAACAGAGCCAAGUAGCUCCAGCUCCGAGGAACCCUCGUCCACGGAACCUUCUCCGGUGAGCUCAACAGAGCCGAAUAGCUCCAGCACAGAGGAACCAUCGUCCACAGAACCAUCGUCCACGGAACCUUCUCCGGAGAGCUCAACAGAGCCGAAUAACUCCAGCUCUGAAGAACCAUCGUCCACGGAACCUUCUCCGCAGAGCUCAACAGAGCCAAGUAGCUCCAGCUCCGAGGAACCCUCGUCCACGGAACCUUCUCCGGUGAGCUCAACAGAGCCGAAUAGCUCCAGCACAGAGGAACCAUCGUCCACAGAACCCUCGUUCACGGAACCUUCUCCGGAGAGCUCAACAGAGCCGAAUAACUCCAGCUCUGAAGAACCAUCGUCCACGGAACCCUCGUCCACGGAACCUUCUCCGGUGAGCUCAACAGAGCCGAAUAGCUCCAGCACAGAGGAACCAUCGUCCACAGAACCAUCGUCCACGGAACCUUCUCCGGAGAGCUCAACAGAGCCGAAUAACUCCAGCUCCGAGGAACCAUCGUCCACGGAACCUUCUCCGGAGAGCUCAACAGAGCCAAGUAGCUCCAGCUCCGAGGAGCCAUCUUCCACGGAACCUUCUCCGGAGAGCUCAACAGAGCCGAAUAGCUCCAGCUCCGAGGAACCCUCGUCCACGGAACCUUCUCCGGUGAGCUCAACAGAGCCGAAUAGCUCCAGCACAGAGGAACCAUCGUCCACAGAACCAUCGUCCACGGAACCUUCUCCGGAGAGCUCAACAGAGCCGAAUAACUCCAGCUCUGAAGAACCAUCGUCCACGGAACCUUCUCCGCAGAGCUCAACAGAGCCGAGUAGCUCCAGCUCCGAGGAACCCUCGUCCACGGAACCUUCUCCGGUGAGCUCAACAGAGCCGAAUAGCUCCAGCACAGAGGAACCAUCGUCCACAGAACCAUCGUCCACGGAACCUUCUCCGGAGAGCUCAACAGAGCCGAAUAACUCCAGCUCCGAGGAACCAUCGUCCACGGAACCUUCUCCGGUGAGCUCAACAGAGCCGAAUAGCUCCAGCACAGAGGAACCAUCGUCCACAGAACCCUCGUCCACGGAACCUUCUCAGGAGAGCUCAACAGAGCCGAAUAACUCCAGCUCAGAGGAACCAUCUUCCACGGAACCUUCUCCGGAGAGCUCAACCGAGCCAAAUAGCUCCAGCUCAGAGGAACCAUCGUCCACGGAACCUUCUCCUGAGAGCUCAACAGAGCCAAGUAGCUCCAGCUCCGAGGAACCAUCUUCCACGGAACCUUCUGCAGAGAGCUCAACAGAUCCGAAUAGCUCCAGCUCCGAGGAACCCUCGUCCACGGAACCUUCUCCGGUGAGCACAACAGAGCCGAAUAGCUCCAGCACAGAGGAACCAUCGUCCACAGAACCAUCGUCCACGGAACCUUCUCCGGAGAGCUCAACAGAGCCGAAUAACUCCAGCUCUGAAGAACCAUCGUCCACGGAACCUUCUCCGGAGAGCUCAACAGAGCCAAGUAGCUCCAGCUCCGAGGAACCCUCGUCCACGGAACCUUCUCCGGUGAGCUCAACGGAGCCGAAUAACUCCAGCUCUGAAGAACCAUCGUCCACGGAACCUUCUCCGGAAAGCUCAACAGAGCCAAAUAGCUCCAGCUCAGAGGAACCAUCUUCCACGGAACCUUCUCCGGAGAGCUCAACAGAGCCAAGUAGCUCCAGCUCCGAGGAACCCUCGUCCACGGAACCUUCUCCGGUGAGCUCAACAGAGCCGAAUAGCUCCAGCACAGAGGAACCAUCGUCCACAGAACCCUCGUCCACGGAACCUUCUCAGGAGAGCUCAACAGAGCCGAAUAACUCCAGCUCAGAGGAACCAUCUUCCACGGAACCUUCUCCGGAGAGCUCAACCGAGCCAAAUAGCUCCAGCUCAGAGGAACCAUCGUCCACGGAACCUUCUCCUGAGAGCUCAACAGAGCCAAGUAGCUCCAGCUCCGAGGAACCAUCUUCCACGGAACCUUCUGCAGAGAGCUCAACAGAUCCGAAUAGCUCCAGCUCCGAGGAACCCUCGUCCACGGAACCUUCUCCGGUGAGCUCAACAGAGCCGAAUAGCUCCAGCACAGAGGAACCAUCGUCCACAGAACCAUCGUCCACGGAACCUUCUCCGGAGAGCUCAACAGAGCCGAAUAACUCCAGCUCUGAAGAACCAUCGUCCACGGAACCUUCUCCGGAGAGCUCAACAGAGCCAAGUAGCUCCAGCUCCGAGGAACCCUCGUCCACGGAACCUUCUCCGGUGAGCUCAACGGAGCCGAAUAACUCCAGCUCUGAAGAACCAUCGUCCACGGAACCUUCUCCGGAGAGCUCAACAGAGCCGAAUAACUCCAGCUCUGAAGAACCAUCGUCCACGGAACCUUCUCCGGAGAGCUCAACAGAGCCAAGUAGCUCCAGCUCCGAGGAACCCUCGUCCACGGAACCUUCUCCGGAGAGCUCAACAGAGCCAAAUAACUCCAGCUCUGCAGAAACAACAUCAUCAACCGAGAAAUCAGCGGAAAACUCUGCCGUAAUCGAAGCGGUUCCAUCAUUGCCCGUCCGUAGACCGAUCAAACCAGUUUUGAUGUCCAAACGUCCAGCUGUGUAUGGUGGGAAGGACGAAACACAGAGUUCGGCGGGAAGUAAACAAUUGCAUCAAAAUCGUGUACUAGGCACUUUGUCAGGGUCUUCUUCUCAGUUUCAAGAACGAACAGACUGCAGUUUCCUCCCCACUGGAGCCUUCCUGAGGGAUCCCACGUCGUGCAACAAAUUCUAUGUGUGUGUAAAUGGAAUGGCCGUUCCCCGGCGCUGUCCUAGUAUUCUCUACUUUGACAUAAAGAAGAAGGUGUGCAAUUUCCCCAGCCUCGUGGAUUGCUCUCUGGUGUCCAAAGGUGCCCCGGUCUCCGUACUCAAGACACUUUCGCAGCACUCGGGUCUCAUUGGGUCAUCAUCCAGUCAGGAAGUGGAACAGGAACCGAUCCUUGACUGCAGUUCGCUUCCAAACGGUGAACUUGUCCGGGCUCUGAAUUCAUGCAGCAAAUUCUAUCUCUGCGCCAAUGGUCGCGCCAUAUCCCGUCAAUGUCCGAAGGGUCUGUAUUUCGACAUCACAAGGAAGAUCUGCACCUUCCCCAGUCUCGUGGAUUGCUCGAUAGUCGAGUCGAGUCGAAAGCAAGUAAAACGGAAGCCUGCCCAAGGUCGGGAAGGAAGCGCAUCACCAGUGAAACUGCAUCGCAAAUAGAGGAGAGCUGAUCUUGCAGAGAAAGGAUUAGUAUUAUUUGGUUUGCUCACAGUAUUAUUGUAUUAUAGGAACAUGGUAAUAGGGUAUCAACAUUGGGCUAGUAGGUAUAUAGUUAUUCAUACGUUUUCUGAGUGGUUACUGACUUACAUACUUAUAGUUUACAUGCACACACACACGUCACACUCCGAUCUAGGCAGUUACAGAGUAUUUAAGUUUAAUACCCAUUCCGCACUAUGAUAUAUUCAACGAUUAAAGAAUCUACAACGCAGAGAGAGACAGAGCCAGUCUGCCUCUGAAAGUAUUUAUAUUCUUAA